GAGGAGGAGGAGGAGGAGGAAUGCAACGGAUUCUGAAGCAGCUCCUGCACAAUUUUAAACAUGGACAACUGGCUGAGUCUGUGUGUGCUGGUGGGACUUCAGGUCGCCUGCUGCCUCGCGUAUGACGGGUCGGGCUACUGGUCUUACACUGACGAUGAGGAUGUAAGAAACACAGGUGUGCCAUGGUGUGCUCCAGUCAAAGUAAAGCAUGGACAAGUAAGCUGCCAAACACCACGUGGUGAAUAUUAUAAGAAUGUUUUGGGAACUCGCUGUAAGAUUCACUGCAAGAGAGGAUAUGAGCUCCAUGGCAGCAGUGAGAUACUCUGCAUGGUCACUAAACAGUGGUCAGGAAAAUACACCUGCAGAGAGGUCCGCUGCCCACCACUGGCCAUGCCAUCUAACGGUGGGUUUAAGUGUUCAGAUGGUUUCUACUACAACUCCAACUGCCAGUACUUCUGUUCACCAGGAUACACACAACGUGGAGACCGCAGGGUCACUUGCCAGAGCAGCAAGUCCUGGAGCGGUGGCCAGAGUCUGUGUCUGGAUCUGGAUCCUCCGGUCAUUAAGUGUCCAAAUGUGAAAGAGAAGACAGCUGAGCCAGGAAAAGUGACUGCAAAAGUGACCUGGGAUACACCGGAAGGUGUAGACACAGCAGACGGCAUACUCACAGAUGUAAUACUAAAGGGGAAGCCUCCAGGAACAUACUUCACAGAGGGAAACCAUAAACAAUCAUACACUGUAUUGGACCGGGCUGGAAACAAAGCUACCUGUAAAUUCAACAUCAGAGUAAAAGUGCGCCGCUGCACUCCCCUCACAAUGCCUGAAAAUGGAUGGAUGAAGUGUGACAGUGCAGGUGAUAAUUAUGGUGCAACAUGUGAUUUCCGCUGCCUGGGAGGUUACGAGCUGAGAGGCAGUGCUGCCCGAGUUUGCCAAUUCAAUAUGGAAUGGUCUGGCAUGGAAACCAGCUGUGCAGCCAUGAAUAUUAAUGUCGGGGUUCGAUCUGCUGCCCAACUCCUGGACCAGUUCUAUGAGAAACGUCGUCUGCUUAUAAUCUCCACCCCCACAGCGGCCAACCAUUACUACAGAUUCCAAAUGACUAAUUUACAGCAAGCACAAUGCGGCUUGGACUUAAGACACGUGACUGUGAUUGAACUAGUAGGAAGGUAUCCAGCUCAAAUAGGACGCAUUAGAUACCACAUCAUUCCUCCAGGACUGGCCAUACAGCUCAGAAUGCUGCUGCAGCUGUCUCAGAAUUCAUUUAGUCUGGUGCUGCUGGACAAACAGGGAGUGGACAAACAGCGCUACACAUACCCAGUCACAGCAGCAGAGAUCUUCACUAUUAUUGACACCUUCCCCCUGCGCACUGAAGAGAACCUUCUGCAAAAAGAAGCAGGUCAUACGUGCUAGACAACCAAACAGUCCACACGCAUACACACACACACAGAGCCAUAAAUGCAUGAGUGAGUAUUUUAUAUACAAAUUUGUGAUUUGUAUCUAAUAUUGUUUGUCACUCUAUAUGUUAUUGUGUCAAUAUUAAUAUUAUUCUGUCUUAAUAUAUAGUUUGACCUCAUUCACUCCAAUUCAACUUGCCUUUAAGAAAUAAAUAUGCACACUUUAAUGUCUCUGAAAUGUCAAAUUUCAAUGUGAUUUCUGUAUGGAAAUAUGUGCUUUUAUUUAUAGAGUUGCUGCUCUAUACAGCUCUUGCAGAUCGCACAUUAUGCACUGAGCUGCAUAUUUCUGCUGGGCUCUCCAUAGAAGUAAUAAAUAAAAUCAUUUAAAAAAUAUUAACAUGCACAUGUACAUGUGUACUCAUUGCAUGUGUUUUAUCGUUCUUAAAUGAUUACUCUCCAACGUUAUUAAAAGAAAAUCUUCCUGAAUAAAUCAUGUCAUAGGAUGAGACCGUUGUGUGUGCAAUUCCCAGGACAAACCAGCUAGUGUGGCACCAACAACCAUGUCACAGUUAGAAGAUUUCAUGUAUUCUGCACAGUUACCACAUAAUAAACUGCAUAAAUGAGCAGGUGCAUAAGUGUUCUUAAUAAAUUGAAAUGCUGCUCAAGAGCAUAGAAAUA